UUUUCAUUACGUCAAUUUGAUUGACAACAUAAACUGCCUUCUCUGCCAUCGUCGUCAUAUCUUGCUGAAAGCGUUUUCAUUCAGCUCCAUGAACUGACAUAAAAGCGUUUGUCAAUGAUUGUAGACAAAUCUUGGGGUCAAUCGACUGACAUACCGUUUCCACCAUAAAUGUCAAAGCAGUGUUUUUAGAAGAAGAAGAAUUAGCUGUCAAAGCAGAAAAAGUAACUGACCAAAGUGAAAAUUUCAAAGGACUGGCUACGAGCUUAAACAAUUUUUUUAUACAAUAAAUUCAAUCAAUGCAAAACAAAAAGAAAUGAACAAAAAGCGAGCUUCGAUUGCCUUUGCAUCACUUUGUUUGAUCGCGACUUUAAAAGCGUGGAAAAAAAAUAAAUGCUUGAAAAGAAAUAAAAAGCAAUGGUGGAUUCGUCCAGGGCUCAGACACAGGGCCACCAGUGGUUUCUACUCCACACUGCGUUUUAAAUUACGUCAGCAGGAUCCUCAAUGGUUUAAAAAUUUUGUGCGAAUGAGUUGUGAAGACUUUGACUACCUGGUGGAGCAUCUCACACCAUACAUUGGCAAGAGCAAUACCCGAUUCAGGAAAGCAAUUUCAGUCGGCGAAAGACUCGCCGUAACUUUACGGUAUCUGGCUACAGGAGAUAGCUUUUCAAGUUUAAUGACGGUUUUUCUUAUUGGUAAAACUACAAUAUGCCACAUAGUACAUGAAACAUGUGCUGCUAUUUUUACAGCAUUGAAAGAUAAGUUUUUAAAGGUGAGUAUUUUGAAAUUUAUUUCGAUCACUAGUGUGAAUAAGAUGGAAUAUGCAUUCAUUUAUUUACAUAGGUCCCAAAUACCCCUGGACAAUGGGCAGAAGUAGCAGAUCAAUUUGCAAAGCGUUGGAACUUUCCAAACUGUUGUGGUGCUUUGGACGUAUUGUUUUAAUGGCUUUGGUGGACGCAGAAUAUAAGUUUCUUUUUGUAGAAGUUGGAGCAUACGGCCGCGAAUCUGAUGGAGGUGUUUUCGCAAGAUGCAAGCUUUCAAGUGCUCUUGCUGACAACACUAUUAAUUUUCCACCCCGCAGACCACUACCGAAUGAGGCAGAUCCAAUGCCAUUUGUCAUUAUUGCAGACGAUGCCUUUCCGCUGAAACCAUACAUUUUGAAACCAUUCUCUUAUCGUGAACAAGUAAUGUCGCAUAAAAUAUUUAACUACAGAUUAUCACGAGCAAGAAACGUGGUUGAAAAUGUGUUUGGCAUAUGCGCGGCACGGUUCAGGAUCCUUAGAAGGCCAAUGGAUGUUAAACCUGAGAACGCAAAGACCAUCGUUCUAGCAAUUUGUGUUAUACAUAACUUUUUAAUAUCAAGAAACUCAUCCUAUUUAACUAGAACCGACACUGACAAUGAAACAAACGGAGAAUUAGUGGCGGGUAAUUGGCGAUUAGAACUUGGACCAAACGGAAAGCUAAUUUCACUUCGUGCAAGUACCACUCUGGGUAGGCCAGCAGAUGAUGCAAUAAAUGUUCGAGCUGCUUUUAUGGAGUAUUUUAUGACACCGUAUGGAGAAGUCCCAUGGCAAUAUAAUAGAACGAUUAUUCACAACUCAUUUUAAAAGUCAGUGGCCCGUAGUCAUAGUCAAAAUAAAGUCGACUUUAAAGUUAGUUGCAGCUUUUUGACAUAAUUUUCAAUG